ACACUUCGCGCGUGCGCACUACUAACAUUAGACCGACUGCACUAUGGCCUCAGCUCUGCAAGUUCGGGCAGCGCUACGGCUGCGGCACCUCAUCUCUGCGCUGAAGCCAGGGAUCCACGUACCCUGCGCAAGGCCCAUUGCAGCAUUCGGCACCUCAGUAUCCUCUGGCAAAGUGGCUGUGAAUGGUGUCCACCUGCACUAUCAGCAGAUGGGGGAGGGAGAGCAUGUGGUCCUGCUGCUCCCUGGAAUGUUAGGUUGUGGAGAAACUGAUUUUGCACCUCAGAUUAAGAACCUAAAUAAGAAGGUCUUCACAUUGGUAGCCUGGGAUCCUAGAGGCUAUGGAUAUUCCAGACCCCCAAAUCGAGAUUUCCCAGUGGACUUUUUUGAAAGAGAUGCAAAAGAUGCUGUUGAUUUGAUGAAGACACUAAAGUUUAACAAGUUCUCUUUGCUGGGCUGGAGUGAUGGUGGUAUAACAGCACUUGUUGCAGCUGCAAAAUACCCAUCAAACAUCAACAGGAUGGUGAUUUGGGGUGCCAAUGCCUAUGUGACUGAUGAAGAUGAGAUGAUUUAUCAAGGUAUCCGAGAUGUUUCUAAGUGGAGUGAAAGAAUAAGAAAGCCUCUAGAAACCCUGUAUGGUUAUGACUACUUUGCCAAAACUUGUGAAAAGUGGGUGGAUGGCAUUGGACAGUUUAAACACCUUCCUGAUGGGAAUAUCUGCCGACACUUGCUGCCCAUGGUUCAAUGUCCCACUUUAAUUGUGCAUGGAGAAAAAGAUCCUCUGGUUCCAAGGUUCCAUGCUGACUUCAUACACAAACAUGUGCGCGGGUCCCGGUUGCAUCUGAUGCCAGAGGGCAAGCACAACCUUCAUAUACGUUUUGCAAAUGAAUUCAACAAGUUAGUGGAAGACUUCCUGCAGUGAAAAUGUCUCUGAAUACUUACCACCUGGAGUUUGCACCUCUGAAAUCCAGACCUGGGAGAACCUCAUUUCAUCUGUCUUUUGGUUUUCUGCUCCUCUUUGCAAACAUUUCCUAACCCAAAUGUGAUUGCCAGUAUAAGCUUCCGGAUUUUGCAUUAUUGUUAAUUUCAACCUGUUUGUUAAGAAAAAAAAUCCCAUCAAGAUCUAUUUUCAAAUGAUUCUUAAGUACAUGCAGUACUCCUUAUAGCUAAUUUCCAAAUCAGCUUGAACUUCUGCUGUACAUACAUGGAAGAAGUACAAGCAAUCAGUGAUUUUAUUCUGUGAUCUUAUGUGUAUUGAUUUCUGACUUUAUGACAGAGAAUUAUAAAAGCCUUUCUUUAGAGUGCUUGAUUCUAUACUUUUACAAGUUUGCUAGAACUACAGCAAAUAAAGUUUGUUUUAUCCUCAAAGUCCAAAUUUGAGGAUAAAAUUUCAAAAAUUA